AUGAAAACAGUCCUUGAUCCUGACGUUCGUGUAGCUUACGAACUUGAGUCAAACAGGUUCACAAUUGAAAGGGAGCAUACAUACAUGUCGCAAUCGCGGAUGGUUAAUGAUAUUCCCGGAAGGACAUGGAUUGCAAGACGUAUCGAGGAUUCAUUCACGCCCGGAAGAAGUGUGAAACUCGAGCGAUACAAGCUGAACGUUUACAGUGGAGGAGGAUUUUUCAAAUCACAUGUCGAUAGCCCUUCUGAUGACGAGAUGAUAGGCACGCUUGUCCUUUGCCUUCCUUCGCCCCACAAGGGAGGGGAACUGUGCGUUAGCCACGAUGGUUUAGAGCACGUAUUUGACUUCUCGAAUCAUUCUGGGGACAAAAGCAAGAUUCAGUGGGCGGCAUUUUACAGUGACUGCAUUCAUGAAGUCAAACCAGUUCUCGAAGGUCAUAGAGUCACAAUAACCUACAACAUCACUUUACCAAGCUCUGUGUAUCAUAAACAACGUCAUUCCCAGCACCUUAGGCCAAAAGAUGAUCCCGAUUCUUUAGAUGAACAUUUUGAAGUGAGCGCAGAAAAUCCCUCCAUAACCACCAAGGCCCUUGCCAACGUUAACAGCGAGCUGGAAAAGAUUCGUCAACAGGGAAGAAAUUCAGCAGCUCUGAUUGGGAUUCUUUUAAAGCACAAAUACAUCUCAAAAGGGCUUCAACCACCUUUACUCAAGGGUGAAGAUAAGGUGUUGUUUGAUUUCCUUAUGGAGAAGCAGUGGAAAUGCCAGCUUAUUAGCGUGCUUUCAAGAUAUCAAACUAGAGCAAUCCAUCCUUACGGUCUGUUUGAGGAUGGAGAGCUCGACGAAAGUCACGAAAUCUACGAGUUCAAUCCCUUGCCUCCAAGUAACCCUCGAAAUCUGAGUUGGACGCCGCGGAGCACGCGCCAAGAAUAUCGUCAGUGGCGUGUCGGUAUCCCCUUCAUCGACAUUUACAGAAGAGCAGAGAAUGGCGCCGAGCAACUGGUGCGCAAUAACGAAGGACAAGGAAGUUGGAUUGGCAACGAAGUUGAAGAUGUUGGUGUGGAUAAGAUUUAUUUGGAUUCAGCAGUAAUAGUGCACCUCCGCUAAAAAGCCAUAUUAGAACCCUGGGGAUACCGAUAUCUGCCGCUUUCAAGUUAUAAGCUCUCCCCCCCCUCCCCCCCACUUAUAAGGACCUCCCAGUUACAGGCUCAUCUCCCUGUAGACAAAAAAAUACAUCCCAAGCUAUUCUUGUUGCAAAACCCCUCGGAUAAAAGCUUUUCCUGUUAAAAGCAUUCCUAAAACCCCCCACAAAAGGGCUUCAGUGUAAGCAGCAGUUCGCGGUAUGUCCAAAGAAUCAGUUUGUCCGAGUUGAACACAAAGCCUAAAAUAGAACAUGAACAAAGCAGAACAAUUAUGUACAGCUAUUUAAAAUUAUAUAAGUUAAUGUAACUUGAAUUCUUAUUGGUUAACGAGGCGAGAUACGUAUAUAUUUAGCAUGGAACUGGAUCUUGUAACCGAGGCUUGAAAGUGAUAUUGACUCUUCUUCAUCAGAUAAGAGAUCUUGUUUGUUUGCUCUACAUGUAAAAGGAGAGUUACAUGAAGUUUGAAUUCUUUUUUUUUCCAGUGCAUAGCUUUAAAGAAACAAGUCUAUUUUAUUCAAAUAGUCUGGUUUUAGCAAGUGAAGAAGUCUGGUACUGUACAAACCGAACACUAGAAAGUAGCGUGCGAGAACGCGCGAGCGAGCGGCGAAGCCGCGAGGGGCAGAGUAGUGUCAAGGCGCAUUUUUUUUUCCCGCCUUUACUCAAGUUCCCUAUUUCUCAAUAUUCACUUUCUUCUCAGUGUGUUUCAGUCUACUCUCCUACUCAUUUACUUCUGCUACGGUUCGAAAACCUGUUCACACUGGGACGAAGGGUAGCCAUGCGAUAUGUGACAAUCCACGAUCAACAUCGGCGCGGCGCAGGCUUAGCUCCGUUACAGAAAUCACGCCGAAAUCCCCGUCUUAUGUGUGAACAGAAGCCCUUUCCGGUGUGUAUUUCGUGUCAGCUGAAGAGCUAUCCAGUGUUGUAUAGUGUAAACAUAGACUAAGUCAACAGAGGUUAGCUCGAUUACAUCCUAAUCGAUUCCUCGAGUAGUUAGUUACAUCACGUGUUCAUGAGGUCAUGUCCAGCCCUAUCUCGUUCACUUUUAAAAUACUGUUUUCGAGAAGGUUGUCUGAAGUACUACGUGUCUGGCCUUUCUCGCUCGUUACUAAUUUAGUAAUUAAGUAACGAAUAGAGUUUUCGGGCCCAGAAACUGUUCUCUGUAAAAUAAAUUUAAAAAUUAUUAAAAAUCGGAUUUCUGCUAAUGGACUUUCUGAACUUAAAAUAAAUUUUUAAAACCAAAAUUUUUUCGGGUGUUUUGAAAAACGCACGCAGGUUUACCCUCUUUCUCGAAAUAAGGGCGCGUUUUUUUACUAAAAUCCAAGAUCAGAUCAAAAAUCCGGAUCAUCAAGAUUUUUCAUUGAGAAAAGCAACGAUGUAUCCAAAAAGGGAUUACUUUUCAUUCAUUUCCACAGAAACGACCCACGCUAUCACGGAGAAAGAACAACACGGCUGCUGACAAGGUUGCAAGUUUGUUGAUGUUUCAUUGUGUUGUGGACGGUCAGAUUUAGACGGGCCAAAUGAAUACGAGUCUUGAAAUAAGAUAUCAGUACACAUGUAUUGGAAAAGUAAAGCCUUGUAGUUCAAAAAUGGUCGAAAAGGUAAGCAGCUUUUUCAAAAAGCUGAUGUAUGUAUUAAAAAUGUUUCGAGUUACCGCGGGAAAUAUUCUCUCUUUUCGGAUCCGUAGUAAAGAAACGCUUUGGAUCAUGUAUCCAAAGUAUCCGGUUUUGGAUAUGAUCCAAAGAAAAUAAUUCACCUCCGUUGUGGAUCAUGUGGAUCAAUGAUCCGUUUUUGGAUUUUAGUAAAGAAAAGAAAUAUCCGUUUUGGAAUUAAAAAUCCGCAUUCGGAUUUUAGUAAAGAAAUGCACCCUUGCGUUUGAGGAACAAAAUUAGGCUCCUACUCACAUCCAUUUUCCAAGAAAAAGAGGAAGUGGCUAAAGGCAGAGGCACGUGAUCCUGUUAGCCAAUCAGGUAUUGGGCUUUUUAAACUUCGUAUUCCUAGAAAAAGGUACAACUGAGAAAAGCUAGUAAACAAUCAAACACACACACCCCAUAAACUGAAAUAUGGCUGAGGCUUUUUCUAAGCGGCAGGCAAAACCAAGCGACCGAACCUCCUCUAAUUACAACCAAGUAGUAGGAAGAUCGAUACGAAAUCCUCCUGUAGGCUAUGUCGUCAACAGUCAUCACAUCAAAUGGGGAUACCGUUUCGAGGAAGACGUCAAAAAAUAUAACCCGCUUCUAGGCAGUCUUGAGCAGGUUUUCUCUAAGCCCUUGUUUUGCUGUGGAGGAAGUUUACAGCCACCAGAUAUUGAUAAACUUACUUUAAAAGUGAAGCCAACAAAAGACAAGGAGCACUGGCUUGAAUACAAGCUGGCAGAUCUUGCUGUGGACGAGUUGUUAAAAUAUUGCAGUCCUGCACCGUUCGGAGACUUAAGGGAAAUGAAAACAGUGCUUGAUUCCGAAGUUCGUCUGGCUUACGAAAUUGAAACCGAAAGAUUCAAGAUUGAUUCGACGGCGAGAAGGCUUGAAGUUGUUCCAGGGGGAGUAUAUAUUGAAAAACACAUUGAAGACACCCUGACUCCGGGAAGAUAUGUGAAACUUGCUCCGUACAAAGUCAAUGUUUACAACGAAGGGGGCUUUUUUAAGCCCCACGCCGACAGUCCUUCUGGUGAUGAGAUGAUAGGCACGCUUGUCCUUUGCCUUCCAUCACCCCACAAGGGAGGGGAACUGUGCGUUAGCCACGAUGGUUUAGAGCACGUAUUUGACUUCUCACAGCGUUCUGGAGAAGUUAACAGAGUUCAGUGGGCCGCGUUUUACAGCAACUGCAUUCACGAGGUUAAACCUGUCCUCGAAGGACACAGAGUUACCGUUACCUACAACAUAACUCUACCAAAUGAUCGUCACAAGCGACGUGGAGCCGAGUUUAUUCUGGGAUAUUCUGUACCUGUAAAAGAACAUUUCGAAGUAAGCACAGAGUGUCCCUCCAUGAUUGCCAAAAAUCUUGCCAACGUAAACGAUGAACUGCAAAAGAUUCGCCAACAGGUCAGUGGUUCACCUUCUCAUAUUGGAAUUAUUUUAAAGCACAAAUACAUCUCAAAGGGGCUUCAACAACGUCUGCUCAAAGGAGAAGACAAAGUGUUGUAUGACUUUUUGAUUGAGAAACAGUGGGAGUGCACGCUAAUGAGUGUGCUGUCACGAUACCAGACCGAGGCAGUGUAUCCCGACAUUGAAGAUGCAGAACUAGAGGAAACUCACGAAAUAUACGAAUUGAAUCAAUUGCCUUCCUCCCCUUUCGCUGUUACCAGUGAAGCCCCUCGUAACUACUGGCCAAUUGGAUUACGCAGAGACCAUCGAAAAUGGCGUGCGGGUAUCCCCUUCAUCGACAUUUACAGAAGAGACGAAAAUGGCACACUGGUUCGAAAUGACGAAGGGCACGGCCAAUGGCUGGCGAACGAUGUUGAAGCUGUUGGAGUAGACAAGAUUUAUUUGGAGUCAGCAGUUAUUGUGGAACUUUUUGAGAAACCGUAA